AUGUUGGCCAUUUAUUUGUGUCUUCUUCCUUCUUUUUCUUUUCUUUUUCCUUCCAUAUAUGUACUUUCGUCUUCUUUUCUUCACUGUUUUCUUCCUUUAUCUACUGGACGACAUGUUUAUUACCAUCUUUCCAUUUUAUCAUAUCUAUGUCAUUUUGCUUUCUCCCUGUCUCUAUUUCCAUUUCGUCCUGUUCACUUUUCUAACGUUCUGUCGUGCAUUAUAUUCGUCAUUGUUAAUACUCUAUCACUUUUCUUCCUUCUAUGUUUUCCAUUUAUACGAUUGUUAACGCCAUGCAUUUUCAAAGUAUUACUUUUUAAUUCUUUUCUUUUUUUUAUCCCUCCUUGUUUAUUUUGCCUUCCGUUUUCUUUCUUUCUUUCUUUUUUAUCAUUUUCUAAGAUUCUUUCUCUGUGUACUGAAAUGAUUCACAUAUUGCACUUCAUUCUCUAUUGUUUCUUUUUGUUUUUUUGUUUCUUUUUUUGUUUCUUUUUUUUUGUCAGCAUUAUUGAUUCACAUUUUUCUUCGUUUCUGUUUCUUUUUAAUUCUUUCUUUCGGGUUUCUUUACUCAUUAUAUUCUCAUUAUUUUUUUUUCUCUUGACACGUAAUUUAUUUAUUUAUUUCAUUUCUUUCUUUUUCCCUCCUUUCUUUCUUUCUUUCUUUCUUUCUUUUUUUUUUUCUAUCUUUCUUCCUUUCUUUCUUUCUUUUUUUCUUUCUUUCUUUCUUUUUUUUCUUUCUUUCUUUCCCUUCAUACUUUCAUAUACUUACAAUCAUAUUUUCUUUUCUCCUUUACCUUCUUCUCAGUUUAACCAAUCAAUUCAUCUUCUUUUAACGUCGCUUCCUAUCUUUACUGACCUCCUCUGA